CGAAUCGUUCGUAACCUCGAAAUAGAUUCGACCGUGCUCCGAUUCGAGAGUAGAGAUAUAAUUGUUUCGCCGUAGAAGAAUAAUAGCAAGAAGGAAACAUGUCCACGGCGUUAUUAGCUGUGUUCGCUGUGAUCCUGUGCAUCCUGUUCAGGAUAUUAAACGUAAACAGUGCAUCGCAGAAGCCAUUGAUUGUCUGUCAGGAUCAGUCGUUCUUAACGACAAUUCUUAAAAUCGCGCCCGUCAUCACAGAACCGUACAAACCGACAAGAUUAUGGGGUUUCAGUGGCCACGUACAGACCAUCCUUCACAGUAUUAUUGGGCGCGUCCGUUGUCCUUGGCCGAUUGGAGAACGAGUGUACAUCGCACUUCCCGAUGAGACCACUCUCACCUACGAUCUUUAUCAACCAUUAACUAACGAUUACGAAGAUGAUGUAACAAUUGCCAUCUGCCCUGGGAUUUGUAACAGUUCUGAAAGUGUUUAUAUCAGAACUUUCGUACACUUUGCCCAAUGCCAUGGAUACCGGUGUGCUGUACUUAAUCACGUUGGCGUUCUUUCUAGUGUUAAGAUCACUGCACCUCGAAUUUUCACUUACGGACAUACCGACGAUUAUCACAUGAUGCUACAAAGUUUGAUGGAAAAGCAUCCGAAUACGAAAAUAAUUUGCAUUGGCUUCAGCUUGGGUGGCAAUCUUGUGACUAAGUACUUAGGAGAACGAGGAUCGAAUAAAUUAUCGAGUAUAAUCGGUGGCAUAUCUAUUUGCCAAGGAUACAAUGCUAUCGAAGGUACAAAGUUCCUACUUAACUGGCAAAAUUUUCGACGUUUCUACUUGUACAUAAUGACAGAAUCGGUGAAGAAUAUUAUAAUUAAACAUAAAAAUAUCUUGUUAUCCGAGGAAGUCAAACAAAGGUGUAAUUUAAACGAAUGGGAUAUCAUAUCUGCUGCAACAUUACCGGAACUUGAUGAAGCAUACACUAGAAAGGUGCACAACUUUAGAUCCGUGAAGGAAUUGUACAAAUGGAGUAGCUCUCUCUUCUAUUUAGAUAAUAUCAAGACACCUAUGGUAUUUAUUAACGCGUUAGACGAUCCUAUUGUACCUGAGAUGUUACUGGAACCUAUCAAGGAACAUGCCAGAACUCAUCCACAGACUUUGUACGUAGAACUGGCUCACGGCGGGCAUUUGGGAUUUUACGAAGGUGGUCUUCUCUACCCGAACCCUAUAACAUGGCUAGAUCGUACAUUGGUCUCUCUCGUAGGAUCUCUCACGUUAGCACAAGCGGAUAAGUCAUUGAAAACCUCUUAACGUAAUUUAAUUUCGCUGUCAUCAUUACUUCGUGAGUAACGCAUUUUUAGCCGUCAAGCGGACACAACUCAUAUUUACAAUCUUUAGAGAUUUUAAAUUCGAAUUUCAUUAGUGUCUCAAGGCAUUAUAAUGGCUACACGUAAAGCGUGAUGAUAUCAAGUGCACACGAUUUCAAGAUUCUUGGGAUCCUGUUCACUAUAAUUGCCAAUUCGAUUAAGCGAAUUGAGUUUAAACCGUAUAUUAUAUUUCUUAUAGUUGUCUUAAAAAAAUGUUCGUAGUUUCGAUAAUUUAAAGGAAUCAAUAAGAAAAUUUCUAAAACAGUAGCACAAUGUUUCAGUAAUUUAUAUUUCUUCGAUAGUCUGAUUAUUAACGCUUUAUACUCAGGGAUCUUUGAUAAGCCGGUUUGAUAAAAAAACGUCAUUAGAGACGAUUGAAUCACAUUAGAAUGAUUAAAAAAGAAAGUUGGUAUUAAUUGAAAAUAGCAAUUUCUCGCUUAUAGCUCGAUUUAAAUUUUUGAAAAAAAUGGAUGAAAUGACUUAUUUGUAAAUUUUGAAAAGUUGAAAAUUUUAUCAAAGAUACUGAGCACGUCAUUUUUAAAAUAUGCAUAAUGAAGACAAUUCUGUCCUCUGAAUAACGGAAUUAAUAAAUUACAGGGUGUUUCAUAUAACACACAUCUGAGAUAUUUCUAUUUUUAUCAAUGGUACAGAAAGAAAAUAUUUUGUUUUGAGAAUUAAAGACGUUCUUUUAUAUCAUUAAUAGUAACAAAAAUAAAAAAGAUAAAUUAUUGGAAUGUUAAAAGUAAUAAUUGUAUGGAGCGGAGUGAGCUCAAUGAUUGAAAUAACACAUGAAGGAAUUUGACGUAAAAAUAAUAAAAGAAAUACAAAGGCUAUGGAAUUCGUUUGAUCCAGAAACAUUACGUUUACAUAUCCUCUUUCAAUGAUGUGGAACAGAUAUUAAUUUAUAUGUAACUCAUUACAUAGAUGGCAUAAGUAAAUUUCAUCAACACAAACACAUACAUUAAAGAAUAUAUUUUUUCUAAAACUAUAUUACUUAAGAAAGUUAUUUGGUUAUAAGAUUAGAUUUUUUUUGCUAAUAAAAUUAAUUAGACUGUGAAUUGCAUUUAAAUACAAAAGGAAAACAUUGUUUUACUGAAUAUGAAUAUUUUUCUGCCUUUUUUUGUGAAGUAGUAAUAAAUCAAAUUAUGUUACAUUUAUAUGAUCGAUGACUAAACUAGUUUAUGUAAAAAUUUCGAAUUUACAUUUGUAAAAAGAUACAAAAAUAUCGGUCCAAUUGUAAGAUUCUCCACAAACUUAAACGUUAAUAAUACUAAGAUAAACCAUCGAAGUAUCGGUCUGAAACAAUUUACUAUACUGUAAUUUUCUACGUAUAUCAUUUACGAUCAUCUAUGAGCAUUUUCAUAAAACAGUCCAAGACAAUAAUGUUUCUGAUGCACGUUUGUGUAACGAGCAACUUAGAUAUAUAAUUACUUAAAUAUUUUGAUUAUAGUUUUCGAUUUUAAGUUAUUUAUUUCUAGCUAGAAGUUAAAUAUGGGUGCAAUUAAUAGUUAGAUUUCUAAUAAUGAUCGUUUUGCUAUUAUCGAUAUAUUUUGGAUUCAUGAUAAUAUAUUCAACAUUGUAUAUAUUAGUACCAAUAAAACUACAAAGAUUUAUAUGUGUCGUAGUUUUACUGAUAACAUACUAGAUUUAACGAGCCAACGAAAUUAAACAGAUUGUUGCAAAGAGUUAUAAAAGUGAUUUGAACAUACGCGCAAAUUGAUUUCGUAAUAUUUACACAAUUUUAUUUAAUAAAAGAUAUACUUAUUAGCAUACUAUCAAAUAGCAAACUAAUUUAACAACGUUUUAUAAUUAAAGGUUAGAUCUAAAGUAUUACGUACAGUACAUUUAAAAGUGUGAGUAUUAAUUGAUAAUGAAUAUUUAUGUAAAGAUAAGGUGCAGAGAGUGCCUUAAAUUAUUUUCAUUAUUAUCAUAGGUUGCCAAAAAUUCAAGAUAAUGAGUUUCUAUUUUUAGCCGACAUAGGUUACGAAAAAUUCAAGAUAAUGAGUUUUUGUCAACCUAUUCAGCCUACUGGUUCCAAUAAUUUUUAGUGUGAAUCUUCAUGGAAAUAUAUUUAUUACUUAAUGUAUUGUACUCAUAUUAGUGAAGUAAUGAGAGAAGAAAUCUUAAGUGAAUGAAGUUAAAUGGUUUCGCGAGCAUUUUGUAUUUUCUGGCUGGCGAGUGAAGCACUUCCAAUUUAUUGGUUGUAGGUAGUUUGUAACGAAAGAAGUGUUGUCUGCACUGAAAAUAAAUCUUUUCUUCGAAUAA